GAGUCGUUAAAGCCCGGCUGUAACUCCUACCAUCUCACUCUGAGGUGUUAGCCAAGGCGGGCGGCUGUGCUUUAGAAGAACCUUCAUUCUUCUCCUAAGGUUUUAAGGCUCCAGUGUGUACGGAACCUAACGUGACGCGGCAGUGGGGCUGGCUUUCCUCCACUCUGCCUGCAUUCAUAAACGGAUAUGAUAAACCAGCGGUGAAUGCACCGGGGCAGCGACAACAGUCAGCUCUGACCAUGGCGGAAGAGGACGACGCGAAGAUUCGGAUUUUACAGAGUCUGCGGGGUAAAAUAUGUGAAGCUAAAAAUCUUGGUCCUGUCUCGGGUCCAAAUCGCCAAAGGGAUCUCUGUACAUUCUGCACCAUAAGUCUGGAUCAAGAGGAGGUUUUCCGCACCAAGGUGUUUGACAAAAGCGUCAGCCCUUUCUAUGGAGAGGACUUCUACUUUGAGAUCCCACGCUCAUUUCAGUGUUUAUCCUUCUAUGUUUAUGCCAAGAGCGUUUUCCAAAGGGAAUUACCCGUCGGCAAGGUGUCAAUACGAAAGGAUGACCUGUGUAAAUACAGUGGAAAGGAGGACUGGUUUGGUCUCCAACCAAUAGAUCCUAAUUCAGAAGUCCAGGGUAAAGUUCAUCUGGAAAUGCGAUUGAAUGAAGUUAUCACAGAAAACGGCUCAGUGGGUCAACAUUUACGAGUCCGAAUAAUAGAGUGCCAGGGGCUGCCUUUAAUAAGUGGCCAGAACUGUGACCCUUAUGCCACUGUUUCACUCGUUGGACCAGCCAGGUCUGACCAAAAGAAAACAAAAGUAAAGAAGAAAACCAGCAACCCUCAGUUUGAAGAGACCUUUUUCUUUGAGGUGACACGAUCCAGCAGCUACUCUAAAAAGUCUCAUUUCCAAGUGGAGGAAGAGGACAUUGAGAAACUAGAGAUCAAAGUUGAUUUGUGGAACAAUGAGAAUCUGGGUCAGGAUGUGUUUCUGGGGGAGACGCGGGUUCCUGUCAAGAUCCUUCGCAAUGACCACAUCCAUAAAGCCUGGUAUCUACUUCAGCCUAAAGGGAAUGGCAGCAAGUCGAAGUCAGAUGACUUGGGAUCCUUACGUUUGAAGCUGACCUACAUAGAAGACACAGUGCUGCCAUCUGCCUGUUACACACCACUCUGCAACCUGCUGCUCAAAUCCCCGGAUGUGAAGCCUAUUUCGGCAUCAGCAGCACACAUCUUGGGGGACAUUUGCAGAGAGCGCUAUGAAGCUGUUUUGCCCAUGGUUCGACUGCUGCUCCACCACAAUCGCUUUGUGCCUUUUGUCUCUGCUGUAGCAGCACUAGAGCUGGAUAACACUCAGGAGGCUAACACUAUAUUCCGUGGCAACUCAUUGGCAACACGCUGCAUUGAUGACAUGAUGAAGAUUGUGGGAAAGAAUUACCUGGCUGUUACUCUGAAGCUUGUAAUAGAUGAGAUAUGUGAUUCCAACAAAUCAUGUGAGAUCGACCCCAUUAAACUAAAAGAGGGUGAUAAUGUCGAGGUCAACAAGGAGAACCUCCAGGUUUAUGUCCAGAAAGUUUUCUCCUCCAUCACCCAGUCCAGUGCCAGCUGUCCACCGCUUAUGUGUGAUGUCUUCAGGUCAUUGAGACAUUUAGCCUGCAAACGAUUUCCAGCUGAUCCACAUGUUCAGUACUCAGCUGUGAGCAGUUUUGUGUUUCUGCGUUUUUUUGCUGUCGCUGUUCUCUCCCCACACUCCUUUCAACUCCGUUCACAUCAUCCUGAUCCUGAAAUUUCCCGGACACUCACUCUCAUCUCAAAAACUAUUCAGACUCUGGGCAGUUGGGGAAGUUUGUCCAAAAAAGUGUCCAGUUUCAAGGAAACAUACAUGUAUGACUUCUUCAAAUCAUUCCAAGAGGACAAGUGUAUUGAAAAAGUUAAAAAGUUUCUGGAUGAGAUAUCCUCUAAUGUCAGCAAGGAGUCCAGUGGGAUAGAGGAUGCAGUGGUUCUCAAAGAAGGGGAAGUGCAGAAACGUGCCCAGGGAAGAAAACGUCUUGGAAAGAAAAACUUUAAGAAGAGAUGGCUCAGAGUGACCAACAGGGAGCUCUCCUACCACAAACACAAAGGGAAAGAGGCCCUCUGCAUCAUCAAUGUCAAAAACAUCCAGGCAGUGGAGAAACUGGAUGAAAGUGCCUUUAACCGCAAAAAUAUGUUUCAGGUGGUCCACUCUGAGAAACCACUGUAUGUGCAAGCAGGAAACUGUGUUGAGGCCAGUGAGUGGUUGGAGGUCCUGGGCCAGGUCGGCCGCUGUAACGAGGGCCGCUUGGCCACCUUCCACCCCUCAAACUACACCGGUGGAGCCUGGCAGUGCUGCAAAACCCAGAGCAGCAGUGCACCGGGCUGCAAGCCCUGUACAACCACCAUGUUAGCCAACCUGCAGCUGGACAUUGACUGUGACCGGGAAACAGAGAGGAUUUUCUCCCUCCUUACUUCAAAUGACACCAAGCUCCAAAACAUGGAGGAUGCAUGUGCCAGUAUGGCAGUGUACCAGGGCCCACAGCGGGAACAGGAGGAAUACUCCAAGUUCACCAUUCAGGAACCCAAAGAGACCUUUCAGACGCUCAAACAGCUUCGAAACAUCAUGGAGGAGCUUCAGAGGCAGCACAACAUCAGGAACGACACAACAGCGCAGUAUGGCAGCCUGGACAAUCCAAUAGUCGGGAAAACCUCGUAACAGCUGGCCGGGAUACACCGCCAAGAACACUGUCCCAAAGGACCCCUGGAAGAUCCCCUCUGGGAUGACCUCUGUGUGUCCAGGAGAAGCAUAAGUGAUGUGUCCUGACCCAGGAGACGUUAGUCCACUACAGCAGUGACAGCCUAAGAACAAAAAGUUAAAACUCACCCCUCGGUUUUACAGGAUAUCGCCUCUGUCCUCGAAAAAACAGGGAUCUCUUGGGCACUGUCAUUAUCAUUUGACAGUAUGUUGCUUCAUCUCCUCACCCUCCUCUUCCUCCCCAUUAUAAGGAGACUUUUUCCUUGUCUUAAUUUAUAUCAUAUCAUUCAUGUCCUCUUCUGUCUACAGCUGUGUGAAAAUGGCAUCAUUAGAUGGUGUGUGAAUAGGCUGCUAAUUUUUUUAUUCACCCGAUUUUAUAUCAACAGCUGUAAUGAUGCUAUCACAACCUUUAGGGGUUUCGCUCUGACAUUUGUCCUAAAUGUUGAUGGAUAAUCAUCAUCAUCCUUUUGGAGGCUCAACCUCCACUUUUAUCCCUGUACACUUUAAUCUAAUCUACUCUUUUAGUGUCUUUCUUCUUCUGAACAAAUGUAUAUAUUUUCAGUACAGUUGAGUAGAUAAAACCGAUCUGCCUUACUUCAAUGGAUGUUUCUUGCUGAGGGAAUAAUGCAAAAGCACUUUAAAUAUUUGGAGCACUCCAAAUGGAAAUGAUUAGAUACUUGGUAUCAGCUCUCCCCAUUUUGAUCAGUUACAUGAUCUAGAGUACGUUUUUUGUUGCAUUCCUGUACAAUGAUUUGUAGAUUUUAAGAUAUUUUUCUUGACCAAAGACAAUUUCAUAGGUUUGACUUGAAAAGAAAAAAAUAAUUCAUGUAUUUUCAAUACAGAUGUUUUAAAAAUUGAGACAAAUUAAAUAUAUAUGGUUUAUGUGUACGAUUUUGCUAACGUAUAUCCUUUACUUUAGUGACUUCUGGCAAGCAGAUUGCAUGCAUUCAGUUUGGAGUCCUGAUAGCACAUGAUUGUGGUGUAGAGUUGUAUUAUCCUGUGUUUGUGAAUCGCAUUGGUACGGUGUACAUCAGAUCUGUGCUGUCAUGUUGAAAGCAUCGCAACAUAUCUGUAGUGGCUUAUCUAAGAAAAGAUGGAGAAAAGGCAAAGUAUGUCAGAAUAACAAUUCACAGCCAACUAACACAAUGUGUUUUGUUUAGAGACUUGAGUUUGUUUUUUUCUUUUUAGACUUUCCAUACCCCUUUGGAAUCUACUGCCACAACCAUCAACAACCAACAUUUUCAUUCUAAGAUAAGAAUCAGAAUCCUGGGGAUUUACAUAGGACACAGACAAAUGUAUUUCACUUUGAUAAUCUUUGUUUCCUGAUUAUUUCAUUUAUCAGUCCAAUCGUUACAGUCUCAUAAAGUUUGUGUUGGACAAACUGGAAGAAAUCAAAGAAUCCACAGAGAUACGAAAGUCAUGCAAGCAAAUCAAUUCUCAAGAAUCUGUUUUAACAUCAGUAACCAGCAUAUAUUUUAAACAUCUGAUAACAUGUUUUCAAUUAUUCCCAGCUGAAAACUGUCAUUAUUUGUCUCAGCAAAUCUUUUAUGUGAUGGACAGAACAUCUGAACAAUCAACUUUCAUUCAUUCCUCUGUUUUUGUUAUCAUUUUGGGUUUCCCCUACCGUUAUAUUCCCAUUUAUGCCCAUGUGAACAAUGAAGUGUUUAAAAGAUAAAGAAGAAACUUGAAUUUUAUCAGUGACAAAAGUUGAUAAGUUCAUGCUGAUAAUAAAAGGUUUUUAGUUUUUUCUCAGUUGAAAUAACUUGCUUUCAGAAGUUUUGUUUUUGGUCCAUCAUUUAUUUCUAACAUGCAUGUCUUGUAUAUUUAACAGUAUAUUUUUAUAGGAGAAUGUUUUUGUAUCUUUUUUUUUUAAAAACACUGAUUUAUUGUGUUACUGUACGGCUGCGGUACCUUGUCCUCAGUGCUUCUUUGAGAGCGGCUACAUCUUCUUUUCCUUAUCUUUACCGACUGUACGUGGUUGUAGCUGCAAAAGCUUCACCUGCUGAUGGUUUAAAGCUGAAACUCAAGCAGAUGUCGUCGAUGAUGUCCCUCCAUGUGGCAGCUGGCAUUAACUGAAAGAUGCUGAUCGUUGGAUACAUUUUUUUCAUGUUUGUGAAUUGAUAACACUUUAAAAAAUGUCAACAAUAUUCAGACCUGAACUAAUCAAAGCAUGAAUUAUCACUAUACUAAACACAGAGGACCAGUAUGGAUCAUGUCCUGUGGUUUUCCAUCGUGACAUUUUGGGAUAUUCUUUCACUCAUCGCUGAUUUAAGUUUUUCAUAUGGGAUUGGUAUGCAUUUAUUUUUGUCCAUGUGUCCUUGUCAGAAUGGGAGAAAGAUGCAAAUGAACUGACCUGAUGUGAAUUAUGAUUCGUAGUGGCUCCAGUCAAAUCCAUUCAUGACCAAACUUUAGGGGAAUGACUUUUUUUUUUAGUGUGUGUGUUUUUGUUUUUUCAGAUGAAUAACAUGAAUUCAUUUAUUUGUCAUUUUUCAUGUUUUUCUGAGCUCUACAUGAUGACCACUGGUUGUCUAGAGAAAAGAAAGAAAACUUUAGGGUCAUGCCUUAAAGACUUAAUAAAGAAAUACUAUUUAUUUUUAAUCAGUGGCAAAAAAUGACAAAACUACAUGGGGUGUUUAUUCUGAAAUCUAAAACUUCUUCCCCAUCAGGUGUACAGUCAGAAGCCAAAGGGUAUCAUCACACCUCCAGCUCACUUUCAUUUCUCGUGAGUGUCUCCAUAAAAUGUACGUGUGUUCUUUUCAGUGUUUUGUUUUCCAAAUUGUUUUUCAUUUCUCCAGUUGAAACAAUUUCCAAUAAACCCUUUGCCAACGCUU